GUCCAAUUCCCAUCACUCCAACCACUCCGCGGAAUCGUGCCUAGCCAGUCUUCUUCCUCCACGGUCCACGGACUCCGGCCGCGCGCGGCCUCGCUCGUCGUCGUCGUCGCCGGCCGGCUCCAGCCUCUCGUCUCAGCCUGCCGGCCAGCCAUGUCGGCGGCGUUCAAGGCGUUCCUGAACAGCCCAGUGGGCCCCAAGACGACCCACUUCUGGGGACCCGUCUCCAACUGGGGCAUCAUCCUCGCGAGUGUGGCUGAUACACAAAAGCCCCCUGAAAUGAUAUCCGGCAAUAUGACAGGAGUUUUGUGUGUGUAUUCUGCACUCUUUGUCAGGUUCGCAUGGAUGGUACGACCUCAGAACUAUUUCCUUAUGGCAACCCACAGCUGCAACGAGGUUGUUCAGCUCUACCAGUUGUCUCGCUGGGCUAGGGCUCAAAAGAUAUACAGUAGAAGAGAAGAAUUAUGGAACAAUUUGGGGCAGAAAAAAUCUUCAAAUUUAUUGGAUGCCAUGCGACGAUACCGCCGGGUGCACUUGAACUAUUUAAUUUUUAUUAAUCCCCAUUCUCCAACUGCAACUGGACAAGUACUGGUCCUCUUCCCUUCCCCUUCUUCAUCAAUUCCUCUGUUUCCCCCGUUCUCCACCUACCUCCUCGCCCUCGUCGACUUGUCUCUUCCGCCGCCGCCGUCGACGAGAGCUGCGCUAGGUGAUUUCCGCUGCUUCCCUUCUCCCAUGGCGACGGCGCUCAAAUCGUUCCUGAACAGCCCCGUCGGCCCCAAGACCACCCACUUCUGGGGCCCUGUCGCCAACUGGGGCUUCGUCAUCGCGGGUUUGGUUGACAUGAACAAGCCUCCCGAAAUGAUAUCCGGCAAUAUGACAGCAGCCAUGUGUGUAUAUUCUGGACUCUUUAUGAGGUUUGCAUGGAUGGUACAGCCCCGAAAUUAUUUGCUUCUGGCAUGCCAUGCUUCCAACGAAAGCGUUCAGCUCUAUCAGCUAUCUCGCUGGGCUAGGGCUCAGGGGUACCUGGAGAAGAAAGAGCCAGAGGCCCAACAGUAAAGAGGGCAUGCAACACUGCAAUCACUUGUUCAAUAAAGAAACUAUGCUGUGGAAAACAUUCAUUCUGUUGUCAAAGCUUAAGGAUUUGUUCGUGAAGUGGUGUCGACAGUGCCUUUAGUGAGCAUGCAGUUUUUGUAUGUUUGCAAAAUAUGCUGAGGAAAUUUUAUGAUUCCUAGUGCUGUUACAAUCUUCUGCGUACUUUUCUGUGCAUUUGCCAAGGCACAUUUGGUUUUACAUUGCGUUAUGCAAUGAAUUUCCCCAACUAUUCAGCAUAUUGCUGCCUUCUUACUAUUUGGCACUAUUUGUUUUACCUGGCUCAUGUGCCCAAAAUGCUUAGUAAAAGAUCAGUCGUUGCGAA